AAUGGAGAAUCUGUUAACUUCUGCUGAGUUUGCUUUUACAAAAACGAAGCUUUCUGUCCAAGAUCAAAAAAGCUCAUAUCCUAAACGGAAUCUCUUCAAAGGUCGCGAUUAUGGGAGGCUUCUUAAAAAAGUUGAAUCUAGGGAAGAAAUGCUGACUCAACUGCGAAAUAAAGAUGCAAGUAAGGCUGAAGAUGUUGCAACAAAGAUUGCAUGGGAAAAAGCUUUCCAGAUGGCUUCUGGUUUAAAAGUGAAGGUUUGUGAUAAUUCUAUAAUUUGUUUAUACAUUGUUAGGACAAUAUUUAACUUGAGAUUUGAUCUAAAUUCUGUGAUAUUGUUUAUAAAUUUUUUUGUAAUAUUGCCUCCGUGUGAAUGA